AUGGCGGAAACCGAUGAAAUUGUUUUGAGUUUCCAUGAUAGUCUGCUGAGAAAAUCUGACAUAAACCUACUAGAAGGUUCACGGUGGCUGAACGACACGGUUAUUGGAUUUGCAUUUGAGUAUUUUGAGCAGGAACAGUUCCGUGACUUUAACGAAGAGGUCUGUUUUAUUAGUCCUGAUGUAACACAGUUUAUAAAACUCAGUUCCGGUAAGUGUCCUUUUGAUAUUGGAAUAUUUUUGGAGCCAUUGAAUCUAGAAAGUAAGAAAUUGAUUUUCUUGGCUGUCAAUGAUAAUGAAUCACGCGAGUCUGCUGGGGGGUCUCAUUGGACUCUCUUGGUAUUUGACAGAGAAAAUGAAUCAUUCAGUCACUAUGACUCUGCAGGCAGUUACUACUCUCAGAGUGUGUCGGCGUUGAGCACUAAAUUAGCUACUUAUGUCAAAGCCAAGACAGAAGUGAAGUUUGUAACUGCAGACAGCCCACAACAGAAAAACAUUAGUAUUUCCAACUCAAGUGGCAACUGUGGUAUCUUUGGAGCUAUCGAUAGAUUGUUUGGUGCCUGUUAUGACUGUGGUUUAUUUGUCAUCUGUUCUACUGAACAUCUCUGUAAACAAUUACUCCAAGGUUGUAAAAUAUCACUCAAGGAUGCAGUAACUCAGGAGGCUGUAUCUAGGAAACGAGAUGCGCUUAAAACUCUUAUACUGUCGCUUAGUAACCCAGCAUAG